GGUUCCCAGUCCAACCUGAAUGAGCGCACGGUGGCCUGGGUGUCCAACAUGCCGCAUCUUUCCGCCGACAUUGAGAGUCUGAGGCCCGACCGCGAGGGCCAGCUUAAGGAGUACUCCAAGAGCAUGGACGAAUCCCGCCUGGAGAGGGUGAGGGAGUACGAGGAGGAGAUUCACUCCUUGAAAGAGCGCCUGAAGAUGUCCCAUCGCAAGCUGGAGGAAUACGAGCAGAGGCUCGCGUCGCAGGAGCAGCAGACCAGCAAGAUCCUGCAGCAGUACCAGUGCCGCCUGGAGGACAGCGAGCGGCGUCUUAAACAGCAGCAAGUGGAGAAGGACUCCCAAAUCAAAGGCAUCAUCAACAG